GGGAAGAUUAAAGCAGCCAAAACACAACCCGCGCAGCUGGAACUCCGCUCCGCGGGCUUCUCCUCCAGCUGCUCGUCAUCUGACUGGCUGGGAGCUGUCAGUCUCUUUCAAGAAAAGCCCCGCCCACCCCGGCUACCCCAGGAACGGUUGGUCGGAGCGCUCCUCCGGCCCGCCCCUUUCGCCUUGAGUGUCAGUCGGGGAAACAAUAUAAGGCACCAAGUGGGGCGGCUGGGCGAAUCACAGCUGUUCAAUCCCAGCGCUGGAGGCUGCGGCUGGGAGCUGAGCGCCGAGGAGGAGGAGGAGGAGGAGGAGGUGGCGGUGGUGGUGGUGGGGCGCCUUCCUCCCUUUUUUUUCCUUCCUCCCCUCCCUCCCCUUUCCCAGCGCUGAUCCUGACGGCAGCCAAUCGCCCACCUUUUUUUCACCCAGUUGCCGGGGCGAAGCAAAAAGUUUGCAGGGGGAAAUCGCCGCCGCCGCCGCGGGUUGAAAAAGAGCCGGACUUACAAAAGAAAAGCACGAAAAGAGGCGCAGAGAAAUUCAUCUUUCUUCUGUUUUUUUUUUGUUUUGUUUUGAAACCCAGCGAAAGAUUUUCCCCCUGAAGGGGGAAGAAGGGGCACCGCAGCAGCAGCAGCAGCUCAGUCCGCCCUCGCAGGAUUUUCCUUCCUUCCUUCCUUCCUUCGGCCAGCGGGGGUUACUGACCAGGAAAGCGAAAUCGGGCAGGCUGCCUUUGCCCUCUUUCUCUCUUUGCUUUUUUUGCCUAGCGCUGCGGUCUCUCCGUUAGAGAGAAGGCGAAAGCAGCAGCGGCAGCAGACAGAAGCAGAGCGGCCGCAGCCCUCGUGUGCGCUGGUCUCCCUCGCCUGCUUUGGCUCGGCAGCUCCCGGGCUCGGCGACGCACAGAGAAGAAGAAGAGGAGCAGGAGGAGGGGAAGAAAGUUUUCUUCGGACUUGUCUGGGCUCCCCCCCCCCCCCCCACGAGAAAGCCGAGGCCCUGGAGUGAGGCGACGACGAGGGGACACCACCUCCUUUUCCCUCCCUCUCUCCGACCCGGAGGGGAGCCGCUCCCGCCGCCGCUGCACCGCCGCGCGAUGGCUGCCGAGCUCAGUAUCGGCCCCGAGCUGCCCACCAGCCCCCUGGCCAUGGAGUACGUCAACGACUUCGACCUGAUGAAAUUUGACGUGAAGAAAGAGCCGCUCGGCCGAGCCGAUCGCUCCGGCCGGCACUGCACCCGCCUCCAGCCCGCCGGCUCGGUGUCUUCCACCCCCAUCAGCACCCCUUGCAGCUCGGUGCCCUCCUCGCCCAGCUUCAGCCCCACCGAGCAGAAGACGCACCUGGAGGACCUCUACUGGAUGGCCAACAGUUACCAGCAGAUGAACCCUGAGACGCUCAACCUGACGCCGGAGGAUGCCGUGGAAGCCCUCAUCGGGUCCCACCAAGUGCCCCAGCAGCUCCAGAGCUUCGAGAGCUUCCGGGCGGCCGCUGCCCACCAUCACCACCAUCCCCAUCACCACCAUCACCAUCACCACCCGUACGGAGGGGUCCCCCACGAAGACCUGUCCGGCGCCGGCCACCCGCACCAUCACCACCACCCGCACCACCACCAGGCCUCCCCCACCCCCUCUACUUCGUCCAGUUCCUCCCAGCAGAUGCAGAGCGCGCACCCUCCUCACCCUUCCUCCUCCGCCUCCUCCUCCGCCUCGUCUUCUAGCAGCGUGGAGGACCGGUUUUCCGACGACCAGCUGGUCUCCAUGUCGGUGCGGGAGCUCAACAGGCACCUGAGGGGCUUCACCAAGGACGAAGUGAUCCGCCUCAAGCAGAAGAGGCGGACCUUGAAGAACCGCGGCUACGCCCAGUCUUGCAGGUACAAGCGGGUCCAGCAGAAGCAUCACCUGGAGAACGAGAAGACCCAACUGAUUCAGCAGGUAGAACAGCUCAAGCAAGAGGUGACCCGGCUGGCCAGAGAAAGAGACGCCUACAAGCUCAAGUGCGAGAAACUGGCCAGCAAUGGUUUCCGAGAGGCUGGAUCCACUAGCGACAACCCGUCGUCUCCCGAGUUCUUCAUAACUUUAUCCUGGACUUUGCAAAACAAAGGGACGGGCACCGGACAAGCCAUCUAGAAUACCCACUUUGGAGUUCCUAAAAAAACAACAACACGGAAGAACACAUGCGAGGGGGGAAGUGCACCCGUAGCCUGGAAAAGGAGCAAGGACAAUGUAUGCAGGUUUUUCAUAGAUUGCCUGCUUUGAAAAAGACAGAAUUGAGAUGGGACUUAACUAUGCGAGCUAGUAAAAUAGGGAAGGAAAUUAAAGAGAGAGAGAGAGAGAGAGAGAGAGAGAGAGAGAGAGAGAGAGACAGAAGCCUCCUCAGUUUUAUUGCCUGCUUGAUUAUAUAGAGAAAACAAAAAAAAAUCUGCAUUAAAAAUAUUAAUCCUGCAUGCUGGACAUGUAUGGUAACUUCUAUUUUGUACCAUUUUCUUGUUUAAGAAUUUCGCAUGUCGUUGAUCACCGACCAUACUUUUUUUUGUUGUACUGUUGUUUGUUUCUUUGAAUAAGAAACUGUCACAAAUUCUAUAUAAAAACCCUUCUUUUUAAUUGCACAUACAACUGCUUGUUCUAUCUCUCUAUUAGCUUUAUUUUUCUUUAAAAAAAAUUUGGGAGCUCAACCCACUAGGCAUGUCUCCUGUGCAAGUUUCACAGAGAUCAAUGAGGCUGCUGCAUAAGAGAACAGCUGGGGGGGGGGGAAUUGGGCUCUGUGUUAGCUUGUAAAUAUCAGCCACACCACAUAAAAUCUGCACAGGGCGAAAACACAAGAACAUUUCAGCAGGCUGGUUUUCAGUGAUCAUUUGUUGCAGACAAAUCAUAACCUACAAAAAGAAAAAAUUCUGGGCAUUUUGCAUUCAGAAAACAUCCUUGUAUAUUCGGUGCACUUUUAAAAGCUGUAGGUUCUUUUUGUUCAUUUAGUUUUCAUUUUGGUUUUUGUUGGGGCAGAAAGAGUUUUUUUUUCCCCUUUGCCACUUUUAAUUCUCCAAUCUUAAUUAAAUUACUUGGAGGUCAAAUCUGCUGAAAUUAAAGACCAGACUAGAUAGAACCAGGUUCCUUUGUAUCCAGUUGGAUUUAACUUCCAAGUAACUUCCAAUGUUUAUAAGUCACUUUUUGAUUUUUUUAAAAAAAAGACAUUAAUUUGAGAGAAAUAUAUUUUUAAGUGGCAACAAGGGAUAGUUUUAGUGAUUGGGUCCUGCUACAGUCCAUCAUUCAUGACCCAGCCAUCCAUGUGGGCCACCUGAUUUCAUUGUUGGCUCAGAAAAAGAAAGAUUUGCAAUUAUUUUUCUCUCUUCUCCAAAGCAACAAUUGGCCUCUGGGUUUCUUAACUAAAACAUGAGUCAAUUUCACUGACUGCAUCAGAGGCAGCUCAUGUGUAUUAGAGUUCCCAAUAGAGUUUAAGUUUAUGCCUCUGUAAAAGGAUGAAUAAAUUCAGAAUACAUGGGAGGGGGAGGACAGCUUUCCUCUUUCAAAAAGGUGGUUUUAGCUUUGCAGCUUCCAAGUUUAGCUUUUGCAAUGUUUAUUCUGCUUUUUCACGCAGCCAGUGAGUGUAGCCAAAACUUUUAGUAGUUUGGCAAUUUAUGGGUGUUUAUUAUAAUUAUUAUUUCUUGUGAUUCCCCCCCCUUUUUUUUCUCCCCCUUCUUUUUCCUCCUGCAGGUCAGUAAAAGGAUUUUACGUUGCACUGACAAAAAUACCAAAAUGAAAACCUUUAUUUUUUAGUUUCCUUUUAGAAUUUGCUGGCACUGCUGGCCGGAUGCAUUUUGAGUUUGUAUUAGUUUAUAAAUUAACAGUAAUACCAAGAAUCGUGAAAAAUGAAAAGCAUGGUGCUUGCAGUUUUAAAUAUUGUGAAUAUUAAUAGUCAUGCAUCAGAAAAUACCCCUCUAAACUUUUGGGUUUUUAUGGAUUCAACUGUGUUGAAAUCACAGCAUUGCAGCAGCAGAAAAUGUUUUUAUUUCAUGUAAACGUUCUGAAGGGAUCAAUUUCAAAUCCUGCUUAUGAUAUGAAAAAUAUUAAAAAAAACACCUCUUGGUCUUAUUGUAGUUUUA